AUGCGCCCGACUUUCACUCUCUUGCAGAAUGCCCGGCUGACGCUCUACUCCCGUCUGAACUGCGGCCUAUGCGACACAGCCAAACUUGCGCUGACCAACCUCCGGCAACGAAAGCCGUUCGAAUACACAGAGAUAGACGUCAUGGCCCCUGGGAACCAGCAGUGGAAGGACAUGUAUGAGUUUGACGUUCCAGUUCUACAUGUCGAAAAGACCUUGCCUGAUGGCCGAACGAGUGACCCGAAAAAGCUGUUUCAUCGAUUUACCGAAGCAGAGGUACAAAAGGCCAUUGACGAAUGCUAG